AUGACCAGAGUUCUUGCUGGUCCGUAUUGUACGCAAAUCCUCGGUGACCUAGGUGCCGAGGUCAUCAAGAUCGAGCAUCCCACUCGAGGCGAUGAUACCCGCGCCUGGGGACCGCCUUAUGCCACCUACAAGGAAGGCUCAACACGAAAAGGACCUGGCGAGUCGGCUUACUUUCUUGCCGUGAACCGCAACAAGAAGUCCCUGGGCCUCAACUUCCAGCAUCCCAGCGGCAUCAAGAUCCUCCACAAGCUGGUCGCCAGCUGUGACAUUCUCGUCGAAAACUACCUCCCAGGGACGCUGAAGAAGUACAAACUCGACUACGACACGUUACGGGCCAUCAAUCCCGCCCUCAUUUACGCUUCGAUCACAGGCUACGGCCAGACGGGACCUUACUCUAACCGUGCCGGGUAUGAUGUCAUGGUCGAGGCCGAAUUUGGUCUUAUGCACAUCACCGGCAGCCGUGACGGCCCGCCCGUCAAGGUCGGUGUCGCCGUGACGGACCUGACGACGGGCCUGUACACGAGCAACAGCAUCAUGGCCGCACUGCUGGCCCGUGCCAAGACUGGCAGGGGACAACACAUUGAUGUUUCGUUGAGCGAUUGCCAGACGGCGACGCUGGCCAACAUUGCCAGCAGCUGCCUCAUCAGUGGGAAGAAGGACUCGGGUCGCUGGGGAACUGCGCAUCCAUCAAUUGUGCCCUACCGAUCGUUUAAGACGCGGGACGGAGACAUUCUCUUCGGGGGUGGCAACGAUCGGCUCUACGGCAUCCUCUGCGAGGGCCUGGGUCGGCCGGAGCUGAGAGACGAUCCGAAGUACAUUACCAAUGCCCAGAGAGUCGCAAAUCGCAUCGAGCUGGAGGCUUUGAUCGAGGGCAUCUCAAUGACGAAGACGACCGAAGAAUGGCUGCAGGUGUUCGAGGGCAAGGGGAUGCCGUAUGCAGCGGUUAAUGACGUGCAGGCAACAAUGGAGCACGAGCACACAAAAGCGAGGAACAUGGUCGUAGAGAUGGAUCACGAGCACUGCGGCACGAUCAAGAUGGUGAACACACCAGUCAAAUACUCGGAGAGCGAGCCGAGGAUCCGGUCUGUGCCGCCAACUCUUGGGCAGCAUACGGAAGAGGUAUUGACCCAACAGCUGGGACCGCAGUUUCCUACUACGAGAGACGCCAUCCUCGCCCGAGUCAAGAGACAAAAAGACACGCAGUCAUCACAUGCGCCUCCCUAUCCUCCUAUCUGGUUCUCUGUCACCUACGAAGACGUUCUUCGGGAACAAAAGGCGGCCCGCAACACUGCUGCAUGCGCUCCCAUGCCUUCUACGCUAUCCAUGCCCGAGGGGACUUUGCCUCCACUGCGACCACCGACGCCCAGUCUUAAGAGGAAACGGACUCCCGAAGCCGAUGAUCCGCCGUUGACGAUAGGUCCAACGGCGGCUGCGGCGCUCGCUGCUGACCGCCCGGCGCGUAUCGUCCCUAAGCCCCUUCUCCGCAACAAGCGGACCGAAGAAGACGGCCCUCGACGCUGCGAUAAGUGCGAGUCCGCGGAAGAAUCACCCGAAAAUCUUCUUAUCGUCUGUCCUGUCUGCGAUUGGUCGUGGCAUCAGCGUUGCCACGAUCCCGAAAUCGGUGCCGAUUCGGUCCGCGACAGGGUACGCUUCAAGUGUGCAGAGUGUGUGAGGGAAGGGGCGGCCAUUGAUGCCUACCGACUGGACAAGCUCCACCAGGAUCAGAUCUCGUCGCGAGGUGUGGCCGACGUCGAGAAGCUGCGCAACGCAAGGCUCGCGGAGCUUCCAGCGUUUAAAAAACCAGAGCUCGUGGGCUUCAAGGCGGGCGAUGCGGACCGCGAAACGGCGAGUCUCCUCUGGCUUACCCUGCUUCCUCGUUCUUCGGCUUGGGUCAUGUUGCUGACUUGUCAUAGCGCCCUCACAACGCCAGCCAGUCUACCGCGCCCUGCGCCGCCAAAGGUGCGUCAACCGGCGGCAAAGCCUGUUACCAAACGACCCAAGACGUCCGCCAUUCGCAAGGUUCAGGAGACGGAGACCAUUGCCGACCAGCCAGACGAGGAGCCGCUGCCUGGUAUAUGGCCCGAGGCCGGCAUUGGUCUGUACAGCAAGUUGCCGCCCGAGCUACCUGAUCCGAUCUUGUUGGGACAGAAUGAUGAGGAGGCGUUCAGCAAGAAUGGAGACGCCGGUGUUCGAAUCUGGGACGGCAGAACCAGGAAGACGGCGAAGCGGCAAGUCCACCAGAGCACAUCCAACCCCGAGCUCCGACCCAAGCAGCACGAGUCUCGAGCCCUCCUCGAAAGCGCAGAGGGAGUCAAGGCAGCUACAGAGUUGGAGCUGGUGGAGGGAACCGUCCAUGGGAGCUCCAAAGCGCAAGCACGGAGAAAGCAGUGGGAGGAAGACAUAGAUGCGGCGAAGAGUGCGAUACCCCAUAGUCAUGUCAGUGCUCCCCCUCAUGAUGCGGCUGCGCCUAGACUCGCAGUAAGGAUAUCCCAGUAG